GGGUCGUCGGCCCCGACAUCGCAAGCGCCCACCGUCGUAUCACCGUAGGAUAUGCCCUAAUACCUGGUAUCUUUUUGCUGUGCGGGCGCUGACAACACCAGGGUUUUGUGACACUCCGGAAUCCGCCGCUAUGGAAACGACCAAGAAAAGCCGCUUUUUCAGCCUACCCCCCGAAAUUCGCAAUAUGAUUUACAAGACGGUAGUUGUCAAGGCGGGCAAUCUGCUCGUUAUGUCCCACGGACCCUCGAACGCCCUAACGCUGUUUCCAGUUGGCCAGAAGCGCGGUCCCUGGCUGGCGCUGCUUCGCACCAACCGAGCAAUUCACAAGGAGGCCAGCGGGAUCUUGUACGGGUGCAACACUUUUGCUCCGGACGGGCCCCUUGGACGCCCGCUACCUGUCUUGUCACGUUUCCUCGACUGCAUCGGGCCCGUGAACGUGGCCCAUCUGCCAACAAUGUCCGUGGGGUUUCUAGAUAUGGUUACUCCGAACCAUCCGGGCGACCAAGAAGCUGCGUUCGGUGAAUUGGUGGCUCUGCGGAGGUGCACCGGUCUGAAAACGCUAUCCACACAUUCGGGCGUGUAGAACCGAGCCCUGACUCAGAUGCACUAUACGUCGGCCAACGCCAAGUUCGUCCAGCACAUAAUGCGCCGGGUUGCCGCCGGCCUGGAGCGCAUCGAUUGGCUGGAAGAGAUUCGCUUCAAGGUCCGCCUUGUCACCGUCGUGCCUGAGCUGUUGGAGUUAAUGGAGACCUUUAAUAAAUGGAAAGUGGUGCGGGUUACGGAGACGAACGGUUAAGCUAGGAGGCGAUUCGAGCUCAAAGACUAAGAUGGA